CGAGUCGCGUCCUUUGUUUCCUAGCAACCAGAUGCGGAGUUUCUACCGUCUCCGGCGGAACGCGAGUCCGUUUCAAACGUUUCAAAGCGGACGCUACGCUUGAGUCGAGAUGUUUAACGUUGAGUUAACUUCCGAGCGAAUCGCCAGAGAACGUCUGGAAACACGUCGCAAACGCGAGGCUGAAAGGCAGGAGAGGAUUUUUAAAGAAAAAGUGAGAACGAUCGGGGUUGAUGUGAAAGCUUUAGACAUGCAGGUGGAAGAGAAGAAGGCACGGGAAGGAGCCGCAAGGACCAAAGAAGCAGCCUACGAUGCUGAAGAUCGCCGAUACAACUUUGAAGCCUGCGUCCACCAAAAUAGACAAAAGAAGAAGAGUCGUGAGAUGGAAAAGGCCUUGGUGAAUUACAGGCAUCAGCACCAGAUGCCUUCGACCCGGAGAGAGUUUGAUCUGAAUGAUCCCGACUGCUACAGGAAACUUGAUCCAGGUGAUGCUCAGAUGAUGCUCCCUGGCCUGGCGGGUGAGGAGCAGGACAGCAAGAGCAGGCUGAAGAGGCAGAAAGAGCAGCUCAGGGAGUGGCUCCUCUGUCAGCAGAAAGAGCACGAAGAAGAAAUGCUACGGCAAAAGAUGGAAGGGUGGCAGUAUGAACAAAGCAGAAAAGAAAUGCACGACUUAGCUGUAGAGCUUCACAAAUUAGAGAUGGACAGGAAGAAGGCCACCGCCGUUGCCGUCAAAGACUACAAUCUAGCUGCGGCUGAGGCAAGGCAAACUGAGGAAAAAGAGGGUAAUAAAGGGUAUGACGGCUCACAGCAGCAUGCCCUGGACAUGGUGCCUGGUAUGUGUCCCAGCCAGGACAGGAGAGAGCCCCCCGAGAGCCUGCAACAGGUCGUUCAGUUCCAGAAGCACCAGAUCGAGGAGAAGAAGAGGACUGAGUUGGAGAAAAAGCAGGAGGGGGAUUUGUACAAUCGGAUCCGUUUGGACUCGGUUCAUUCGGCUCUGCUGAUGGAGAGGCAGCAGAAAAGGCUAAGCAAGCAGCUGAGGAGAAUCCAGGACAGCACCAACGCUCAACUGGCCCAAACACGCAGACAGCAGAAGCCAGACAUGGAAAGAGGAUGCAUCGAAGACACCUUCUUCUCCAAAUUCAACACCUGCAGCAGAUGAUGGAUGACCGUUAAAACUACUCGAGUCAAACAAUUAAAGUAGAUCAAAUUAUUAGUUGA